CCACGGUUGGUCGGUCAAUCAAUCGCGCCGCCAUCAUUGUUUUCUUUUUUUGCUGCUUGCGACGUGGACAAAGCCAUUCAGCUGCUGGCAUCGUUCUGCGCCGACGAGAUACUACCAGUUUUGGACCCUAGUGGGAGACGGACUCGCUAAAUGCGCUGUUAACCAUAAAUGAGUAUGGCUGCCGACUGAGUUCUAUCGCGGCGCUGAACAUACUUCCUCCUCCCUUCCCCAAGGCCCCAGCUGCCCCUCGCCCUCUUGUCAUCGCUUGAAACCAGCCAGCCCAGCCCGAUUCUCUAGCCGCCCGCAGAACCUUGCCGUCUCGACCGCCUUUCCUCAUUGCCGCAUGCCACGCGCCUAUCGCUUCUACCCGCAUGAACCGCAGCGAUAUCGCACCCACAUACACCAUGAGUUCCACCAUCGACCCAUUUGCAGCAGACCAGCAGCCCAAGCCGAAGCCGAAAAAGCCCUUGUUCAAACGCCAAGCCAAGGCAGCCCCCAAGACCCAGUCCGCGCCCGCCGUUCCCGAUGCGAACAGCCCCGUAGUUGAAAAGGACGACGAGGACUUGGCGCUGUUCAAGCAGUCGAAGCACUUCUUCCCUGUCAUCCUUAGGGAUCAAGAUGAGGAGAGGGAAGCGGAACUGAGGAAAUCACAAGACCGAUCCGCUUCCGAGGCGCGCGAGAGGAAUCUCCAAAUACGUGACAAAACUGAGGGCUCGGAUGACGACAUCUACGAUGCCUCGCCGCGCGCCAGUAAUCGCAAGCGCCGUACCAGUAGUAGCCACGACCGGCCCAUCACCCCGCCAUCGAGCAAGCGAAACCGAACCAAUCCCGAAUCCCGCACAAGAGAUUCGAGCGGACGACUGGACAAGGGCAAGGGACUCGCCGCACCGUACAGCCUGGCGACGCCGACAAAAGGCUCGUUUUAUGGCAGCCAUGCGGCAGGUCUCGACGACUCGGAAGAUGACGCGACCGACCGCAAGCGACUGCUUCCCACCCCACGCGGGGGCGUCGGCUCAAGAGGUGGGCUAGGGAAUGGUGCAACGCCGACGAUAAGCCUUGAUGAUUCGGAUGAUGACAACAAGGCUGCCAUCAUCAAGAAGCCAUCAGAAUCUGACGAUGACAUCGAGGAGAUUCCGCCGGCUACGGAGCCCGAAGACGACCAGUUUGCGCACUUUGUGGCCCAGGCAGAGGCGCGUCGGGCCGCGCAAAGGAAGGCUGCGGCCGCCAAGGAGGCGACGGCAGCCGCGGGCGGACCUGUGCCGGUCGAGGAUCGUGUCGUGACCAUUAUCGUGACGUCGCGGCUGGGAGGGCCCGACAUGAAACCGAUUCAGUUCAGGCGCCGCGUGUCGGGCAACAUCAAGGCCGUCCGCGAUUGCGUCGGGGCCUUUGCGCCGUCGCGCGGCCGGCCCCUCACGCCCGCCGAGCAGGAGUCUCUCUUCGUCACAUGGAAGGGCCGCAAACUGUUCAACCAGAACACCAUCAUGUCACUCGGCGUCAUACCCGACGAGGACGGCGUCCUGCGCCGCACCGCCACGCCCGACGGCCCCGGCAUGGGCCGCCAGGACGAGAGCGACGGCUACACCGAGGGCGGCGCGCUGCACUUCGAGGCCUGGACCGAGGAGGGCUACGAGGCCUGGUCCAGGCAGCAGAAGAAGAGGCACCGCCGCGAGCUGGGCGAGCCGGUCUCGGACGACGAGGAGGGAGCCGACGCCGAGGCCGCGCGCAACGGCGCGGCGGGGCCCGAGCAGUCCGCCAAGAGCGGCGGCGGCGGCGGCGGCGGCAGCAGGAUCCGCAUCAUCAUGAAGUCCAAGGACCACGAGCCGGUCAAGACCUCGGUCGCCCCGACCGACACCGUCGCGGACCUGAUACUGGCCUUCCGCACCUGCCGCCACGUCGGCGCCGACAAGCAGGUCGAGAUCCGCUGGGACGGCGACAAGCUCGACGGGGAGACCACCAUCGAGGAGGCCGAGAUCGAGGACAAGGACACGGUCGAGGUCUACGUCAGGUGAGCCGCGGGCCGCCGGGGCAGGCCACAACGAUGGACGGGGGUCCCCAUCAUAUUGUAUCCCAUUGCCUUCCCUAAUAACUGCAAUGCUCAUGUUUUCGCCUUGUUUUAUCACGAUGUUUAUGAAGGAAUUCAAAAAUGGGGCGUUUCUCUUCCCUUAUUACCUAUUUCCCAGCGCAGUGUGGCUGUCACGCAUUUUCAACAUGAUACCCCUGAGCUCCUCCGCGCCUGAUUACAUCUCUGCACGUUGUCUGAUCUCCAGGCUCGCAUCUGGCGCUGCAUUUGAGCAAAUCAUUCUAUUUUUCGUCAUAGGAUCGUUUAAGCCGAAAAAAGCCGGCCUGAUUCGUCGUCUCUCAAUGGAUAGCUGAGGAACGACUCAAAGAGAAAACAAAAUCACGGAACACACGAGUGCCAACCCGGAACGCCCCAUACGCCUUCUCCCCAUGCAGUGCGUUUC